UUUUCAGUUCUUCAAACUCAAGUUCAUCUGUGUAUACUGUGCAACUGUAAUAAAUAUUAUAGAACAGUUCAACAAGUAGUUGUCACUUUAUAUAUCGACAUCCUACAUUCGUGACCCCGACAACAAAAUAUAUUUCGUCAAUAAACAAGUGGUAGAAGACUGUAUAAGUGAAAUUUGUAAGACAUUUUACGUGAAGAAUGGCAGAUAACGAGCAGAAAGCUAUGCAGUUGAUGGCAGAAGCAGAAAAGAAAUUAAAUUCGUUGAUAGGCUUUUUUGGAUCAUUAUUUGGUGGAUCUUCGAAAGUGGAAGAGGCGAUGGAAUGUUAUCAACGAGCAGCAAAUAUGUUUAAAAUGGCAAAAAAAUGGGGUGCAGCAGGAAAUGCCUUCUGUGAAGCAGCUUCUCUCCAUGCAAAAGCAGGAAACAAACAUGAUGCAGCAACCAAUUAUGUGGAUGCUGCAAAUUGCUUUAAGAAGUCUGAUCCUAACGAGGCUGUGAACAGCUUGUUGAAAGUUAUUGAGAUCUAUACAGACAUGGGGAGAUUCACAAUGGUAGCAAAACACCAUCAGUCAAUUGCAGAAUUAUAUGAAACAGAAGCUGUAGACCUUGAUCGUGCUGUACAACAUUAUGAACAGGCUGCUGAUUACUUCAAGGGAGAAGAAAGCAAUUCAUCAGCCAACAAAUGCAUGCUGAAAGUUGCUCAGUAUGCAGCACAACUUGAAAACUAUGAUAAGGCAAUACAGAUAUAUGAACAGGUGGCAUUUUCAUCUUUGGAAAGUUCUCUCCUGAAGUACAGUUGCAAGGGAUACUUUUUCCGGGCAGCCCUCUGUCACUUAUGUGUGGAUGUCCUGAAUGCUCAGCAUGCCUUGGAGCAUUACCAGGAAUUAUAUCCAGCCUUUCAGGAUUCACGAGAAUAUAAGCUGCUCAGGGUAUUGAUUGAUCACAUGGAGGAGCAGAAUGUGGAUGGUUUCACUGAAGCAGUGAAGGAUUAUGACUCAAUUUCACGGCUAGACCAGUGGUAUACAACUAUACUGUUACGCAUAAAGAAACGGGUCGAGGACAAUCCUGAUCUUUGUUGAACUUCCUCUGUUGUCAUGGACGCAGCCUUGACAUCAACGAGCUUUGUUGUCCUAUGAACACAUUGUCACACUUCCCACAAACCAAUAUGAAACAAUGAAAAUCAUAACAGUACAGUCUCUUAAUAAUAGACAUAUUAUUUUCCAGUUAAAAAAAAGCUGAUUACAUUAAUUACAACUUCACAUUUUCUUUGUUGCAUCUGCAUAUUAGGAAAUAAGUAAUCUAGUUUCAUAUUUGGGAUCUUUGGUUGUGUUACAUGCUGCAACACAUUUAAGGAACUGAGUGAAUGGGAGCAAGAUCUCCCAAUCACAUAAUUUCCUUUAAGGAGGAUAAAAAUUAUUUACAUCUGUUUUCCAUUUUGUCCAAUAUGUACGAGUAAAUGUUUUGUUAAUAUCGUUCCUAAUAAAGAAAGAUAAUUAUUCCAGUAUACAGAGUAUAUGGAUGCA